UAUUGCCUGCAAGAACUCUGGAGUAGAUUUGAUCGAAAUGAUUUUAUUAUUAAUUUGUUGUUGUUUCUUGUGCUAAUAAUGCAUAUGAUCUUUUUGCAGGCAUUUGGCAAAGCAUGCCCAAGUAAUACCAAUAUCAUUGAAUUUACUGAUGAAUUGAAGCAAUUAGUGUUGGACACACACAACAGUUAUCGAAAUGAAAUUGCGUGCGGUGAAGUUGAUGGAUACGACAAAGCCGCUCGGAUGGCAACUCUUGUAUGGCAUGAUGAGCUAGCAAAGUUCGCUGAAUAUAAUGUGCGUCGAUGCAUUUUUGGACAUGAUAAAUGUCGAAAUACCGAGAAGUUUUUGUAUGCUGGUCAAAAUUUGGGUAAAAGCAAGAAUAAUAAAGAAUUUGAGAUGGCCGAAGACAUCAUUAAAACGUUACAUGUUGGCUGGUUUGGUGAAAAAAAAGAUGCAAACAUGACUAUAAUAAAAAAAUAUAAUAAAACCGAGAAAAAAAUUGGCCAUUUCACGCAAUUAGUUCGAGAUCAGGCAUACGCUGUCGGAUGUGCAUUGGUGCAAUUUGAAAAAGACGGAUGGUUUACAUCAAUCUUUGGUUGUGAUUAUUCACUCACCAACAUUUUAAAUAAAUCGAUUUAUGCACCCGUUAACAGUGAUUCGACAAAUUCAGCAUCUAAAUGUAAAACCGGAACAAAUCCAGAGUUUAAAUGUCUUUGUAGUGCCAAUGAAGUUUACACUAAUAAAUUGUACUACAAAAAUUAAAGUCAUAACCAUUGUUGAAAACAUAGAGACGUAAUGUUUCUAUUAAAAUUGUCA